GGGUUGAAUGUAAACGAUUUCGUUGGAAUAUAGAAUACUUCGCGACAUUGAUUGAUCAUUAAAUUCAACGAGUGUUUCCUAGUAAUAUCUUAAUUUGAUGUAAUGGAAAUGUGUUGUCGUUGUUGUUUAGAUAGAACGGAUGAUCUGAUGAGUAUAUUUCUUCCCUUGGACGAAUUCAGCAGUCGAAUCAGUGAUAUGAUUACAAACUGUUGUGGAGUAUCAAUUAAUGAAGAAGAUUCCCUUACAAAAUAUAUUUGCAACAGUUGCAUGAAGGAUUUGAUUAGUGCUGCUCGUUUUAGAAAACGUUGCCUGGAGGCAGCUGGAACUCUACAGAAUAAGCUCGAUGUGGUAGAUCCACUGAAGGCUUGUUCGGUACAUGAACAAAAAAGUAUUCAACUAGGUAUCAAUGGCGAUUUAAAAAUUAAGGAAGAAGAUAAUGAUAUUCUGAUUGAGGGACAGACCAGCAUCACAAGCAGUCUCCUUGUCGAAAACGAAUCAGCUUUGUGUUUAACAACUAAUUCGACUGGUUGUAACUUUUGUGAUGAUAAUUAUAUGUUUAAAAAACCAUACAGAUCGAAGCGGACAUGUGCUAGGAGUAGUAAACGAAAAAAAUGUGAGUUUUGUGGAAAACUGUUAGUCAAUAGUAAUAGUUUUGAUGGGUUUCCACAUAAUUGCAUGGUUAAUGGAAAAAAUCUUGCUAAGAAAACUUGUCUCAAUCAGUGUAAGCAGCAACAAACAGAUAACAUGAACAUAAAAAAUAACAUGGAAGUUGAAGAGCCAUUACACCAUACAGAUUUGGGCAAAAAUAUUUCCUCUAAAACUACCGAUGCAAUAGAAUCAAGUGGUUUAAAUGCUAAGGCAUUUGUCCAAUCAUGUAUUUUUGAAGAUCACUUGAAUAGCAAUCAUGAUAAUCAACUAAAUCAGAGUGAAUUGAAUAACGAUGGAUACAAUGACUCGGAUUUCUAUAUUCAACGCGAUGAAUUGGAGCAUGAAAUCAAUACAUCUCAUAGAAAAGGGAUUCGAAGAAAGGAUGACCGACGCCAUAAGUGUGAAAUAUGUGGCAAGGGGUUUAUUAACAGUAAUCAUCUUGUACAACACAGACGCAUUCAUACAGGUGAAAAGCCCCACAAAUGCGAAGAUUGCGGAAGAGCAUUUGCUCAGAAGAGUCAUCUCACCGCGCAUAUGAAACAUCAUACGGGCGAUUUUAAGUUCAAGUGCGACACCUGUGGAAAAGGAUUUAUUUAUAGUAACGAAUUAGUCAUACACCUUCGCAUCCAUACCGGCGAGCGACCACACAAAUGUGACAUCUGCGGGAAGGAUUUUGUGCAGGGCAGUGCCCUUACACAACAUAUGCGAAGCCACGCCGGUGAGCGGUUGCAUCAGUGUGAGGUAUGCGGCAAAGGUUUCGUGAGACUCGGUCACCUGACGCAGCAUCUAAUUAUGCACAGCGGCGAACGGUUGUUUAAAUGUCUUAUCUGUUCCAAAGGUUUCUCUCGAAAUGGGUACCUGACGCAGCACAUGUUAAUUCACAACGGUGAGCUAACUCAUAAAUGUAACGUUUGUGGGAAGGGUUUCAUUUCCAGAAGUUACCUUGGGCAGCACAUGCGCUUCCACUCCGAUGCAAGACCUCACCAGUGCGAAGGAUGCGGAAAAGGUUUCAUCAAUAAGGCUCAUCUCAAGCGGCAUAUGCGUACUCACACCGGCGAGGAAUCGUAGCAAUAUUCCAAAAUAAUUGGAAAACUAGUUCCGAGCCCUGUCAAUGCAUUGUGAUUUCAUUUUAGAAAAUGUUACGAUUUAAAAUCAUAUUGGAGCUUUGUAUUAUAUUUUUUUUAGUGUUCUACAU